AUGGGAAAUCGACAGUCGACUUUUACUGAGGAGCAACUGGAAAAGUAUCAGGAUUGUACCUAUUUUACACGAAAUGAAAUCCUAACGGCUUACGUCAAGUUUUGUGAAUUAGCGAAUAUUAGGGGAAAGGUUGCUCUUAAACAAGAUUAUAGCAAGGCUAUGAAAUUAAGAAUUGGCCCUGAUGCGAUCAAAGAAUCAGAAGCUUUAAGGGAGAAUCCUUUCGCAAUGAGAAUCUGCCAAGUAUUCUCCACCACCGAACGUCCUGGAUACUUAAGCUUUAACAAUUAUUUGAACAUGAUGACUGUUCUAAGUGACCGGGCACCCGCCGAGCUGAAAGCGGCGUACGCCUUUAGAAUUUACGAUUAUAAUGACAGCAAUUAUUUAGAAGAUGACGAUCUAAAGCAUGCCUUAAAGGAUUUGUUAUUCGGUGUAGACGAGUUACCUAGUAAAGAAGUGAAUAUGAUCGUCAAUGAGAUUAUGAGAGAAGCUGACUUGGAUGACGAUAAAAAGUUAUCGUAUAUGGAAUUCGAACAUGCUAUCUUAAAAUCUCCAAACUUUCUACAGUACGUAAACACUCUAAUUUCUCUUUAUCAAAGGAUAGUUCGAACACGAACUUUUGAUAUUUUUAAAUUUACAAAAAUCGAUAUAAAUACGAGCUUGACUUGUGAUGCAUUCACUGUUGCUAAUUUUUGA